AUGAGGUCGUUCCGUGUGGCAGUCAGUCUGGCCCUGUCCCUAUGGGUGACUCUUCUCAACGCCCAGUUCAACAACCCCGACGGUGUCGAUAUCUGGUGCGGCAAGGCUUAUAGAGAGACUAACUUUUCGUUCAAUCCCGGCGGCGGCUUCGAGGAACCUCCAACAUCCAGCGUGCCCCUCUUGAACCUCAGGGUGCGCCCCAGGAUAAGCAUCUACUUGGAUACGGAUCAGACAGCGAGCCUACUUAUCGACUCGGAGAUAUCGUACCAAGUCGGACAACCCCUGGCCACAGCUCUCAUCUCGUCACGCUCAGGAGAAAAUGAUGUUCUUGAAGUUCAAAUAUCAUUAGAUGGAACUUUUGUGGGCACAGCGAGUGUCAAGCUCAAUUCCACCAACGUGGAAAUCCCGCUGAACCUGGAAAACUUUCCUGCUACCCUCAGCCCGUAUACCAUCAACAUCCUGGCGAAACUCGGGAAUAAUACCUACACCUCUUCAGCAGAGUUCCUGCGUCUUCCGAGCCCGGAAGGAUACGGCAGUGUAGCACGAAUCGAUAACUUGUAUGGUGGCCUAUGGGUGCAGAGGGACCAAGAGAAGUGGAAGCACAUAUUUCCAUAUACCUACUACGGUUAUUCCCCCCUGAUCAAAUUUGGAGGAGCACUACUAAUUCAGUCUAUAGUUCAGUGGACCUUAUACUGGGACAGCAACGUGACCACACUCGACGAGUUCGCUUCCAUGGGAUACAACGUAAUCCACAUAGUACCAACAGGGACCCUCGGCGACCAGCCCUUCCCAUGGGAUCAAUUCGAGCCAUAUCUAGACCGAGCCGACGAGCUGGGCCUCUACCUCCAGUACAACGUGAUCUGGGACUGGCAGAACCUCACCGGCAUGAUCUCGCAGGUGGAGCGUCUACGCAGCCACAGAUCCAUGUUACUCUGGUACCAGAGCGACGAGCCCGACGGCAAAAGCAACCCCAUCAACUCGACGGGGAUCGCGUACCAGAAGAUCCGCUCGCUCGACCCGUACCACCCGGUCUCGCUGGCCCUGAACUGCUAUGACUUCUACUAUGCCGACUACGCGGCCGGCGCCGACAUCAUCCUGACCGACACGUAUCCGAUCGCUAUCAACGCGACGUUCUCGACCGUGUACGAUACGGUAUGCAACGCGACGUACGGCUGCUGCGGAUGCGACGACUGUGUCGGCACUUUCGAGGACAUCUCCGACCGCAUCGACGAGUUCCAUCGCCGGGACGAGCUGAUCGGGUGGCCCAAGGUCCAGUGGUACGCGCCGCAAGCGUUCGGCAAUGAGACGUUCUGGUCGCGGUACCCGACUGCUGACGAAGAGGCCGUAGUGACGAUGCUGGCUGUCAAUCAUGGGGCUAAGGGCAUCGUGAUGUGGGACUACCCGACCACUGCCGAACUGGCCAACCUUACGAGUCAUUUAGCGGCGGUGUUGACGACUGAUGCUAUCGCCGCGUUCCUUCUGGAAGCGCCCUUGACCCAAACGCUUGACAUUCAAGGGGCUGACCGGAUUGAUGCAGCAGCGUGGUUCGACGCAGGAUCGAAACAGCUUCUACUGAGUGUCGUUAAUCUGAACUACGAGGAUGUCUCCCAAGCUGUCAUUGUCUCUUCGCCGGCUGGCGUCAGGAUCUCCGGGGUAGCCGAGACGUUUUGGGGAAAUGCAGCAUUGGUGACUCAUGACAUUGGGGUCUUUCUUCCAGAUGACCUAAGCGAGCCACAAGUCCUAAGCGGCCACGCCGUCACCACCAAAUUCGCCCCAACAACCGCAACGCCUCAAACCCCCAUCUCAGCUAUCAAGAUCGGCCCCGCGUUCCUCUCCGACGCCGAGGCGAUCGCCGCCAUCGGUGCCGACACCUUCGCCCAGACCUUCGGGUUUGCGGUGCCACCGCACGACCUAGCCGCCCACCUAGCCGCGACCUACGCGCCGGCCCCGGUCCGGGCCGACCUCGCGGACGCGCGGACGGCGACGUUCGUCGCGCGCGACGGAGAAAGGGGGCGCGUGCUGGGGUUCGUGCAGCUCGUGCGCGGCGAGUCGGACGACAGCGUGCCGGGCGAACCCGCCGCGCAGGCCGAGCUGCGACGGCUGUACGUGGACAUGCGGGCCCACGGCCGCGGGAUCGGGAGCGCGCUGAUCAAGGCGGUCGAGGUCCGGGCGCGGACCGAGGGGUUCAAGCAGCUGUGGUUGACGGUUUGGGAGGAGAGUAAGGGUGCGCAGAGGUUGUACUUGAGGCUGGGGUUUGGGAAGGUUGGGGAGUAUGAUUUUGCGAUGGGGGAGUGCGUGCAUCAUGAUAUUGUGCUUGCGAAGGCGUUGUGA